UCACGUCCAUGCUGGUACUCAGCUCCCAGAACUGGCGGGAUCCCUCUUCCCGCUCAGCUGGGAGAUGCCCCAGACAGGCAUUCCUGGCUCUGGGCGGCCAGGGUAACAGCCCACCCCCAUCCACUCCGGGGACCACCAGGGGCCGCGUGAAGGCAGAUGUUCUGUGGAGAAACGUGGAAGUGAGGGGGCACCCAGGGCCGGCGGCUGCAGUUGGCUCUCCCGUGGGCUCUGGGCCGGAGCCGCUCCCGCCCGUGGGGAGGAGAAGGAGCCGGAUGGGCGGGUUUAGGCGCGCGUGGCGGCGGGUCCCGGGGCCGCCGGCUCCUCCCCGCGAGGGUGCCUGUCCGCCGCUCGCCGCGCUGAGGCAGUGCGGGGCGGGCGCGCCUAGGCUGCCGCCCAGCGCCCUCGCCGCGGCCAUGCCCGGGCCCUAGCGCGCCUGCCGCAGCCCGCGCCCCGCAGCCCCGCAGCCCCGCGCCCGCCGCUGCCUCUUCAAUGGGCAACCUGCUGGGCGGGGUCAGCUUCCGCGAGCCCACCACCGUGGAGGACUGCGACUCCACCUGGCAGACCGACUCGGAGCCUGAGCCCGAGGACCCAGGGCCGGGCGGCGGCAGCGAGGGCCCGGGGCAGGAGCCCGAGCAGCCCGCGCAGCCCCCGGAGCGAGCCGGCGGGCGGCCCAGUGCCAGCCCCGCGCCGGACGAGGAUGCCGAGGCGGCAGGCGCCGAGCAGGGUGAUGAUUCCACUGAAGCAACAACGGCCAAACCAAAGAGAAGUUUUUAUGCUGCGAGGGAUUUGUACAAGUACCGACACCAGUACCCACAGAACUUCAAAGAUAUCCGAUAUCAAAAUGACUUGAGCAAUCUUCGUUUUUAUAAGAAUAAAAUUCCAUUCAAGCCAGAUGGUGUUUACAUUGAAGAAGUUCUAAAUAAAUGGAAAGGAGAUUAUGAAAAACUGGAGCACAACCACACUUACAUUCAAUGGCUUUUCCCCCUGAGAGAACAAGGCUUGAACUUUUAUGCUAAAGAACUAACUACAUAUGAAAUUGAGGAAUUCAAAAAAACAAAAGAAGCAAUUAGAAGAUUCCUCCUGGCUUAUAAAAUGAUGCUAGAAUUUUUUGGAAUAAAACUGACUGAUAAAAUUGGAAAUGUUGCUCGGGCUGUUAACUGGCAGGAAAGAUUUCAGCAUCUGAAUGAGUCCCAGCACAACUAUUUAAGAAUCACUCGUAUUCUUAAAAGCCUUGGUGAGCUUGGAUAUGAAAGUUUUAAAUCUCCUCUUGUAAAAUUUAUUCUUCAUGAAGCUCUUGUGGAAAAUACUAUUCCCAAUAUUAAGCAGAGUGCUCUAGAGUAUUUUGUUUAUACAAUUAGAGACAGAAGAGAAAGGAGAAAGCUCCUGCGGUUUGCCCAGAAACACUACACGCCUUCAGAGAACUUUAUCUGGGGACCGCCUAGAAAAGAACAGUUGGAGGGAAGCAAAGCCCAGAAAAUGUCUUCCCCUCUCGCCUCCAGUCACAACAGUCAAACUUCUAUGCACAAAAAAGCCAAGGACUCCAAAAAUUCCUCCUCAGCUGUUCAUUUAAAUAGCAAAACAGCUGAAGAAAAAAAAGUGGCACCACAAGAGCCUGUGGAACAGACAGACAGGACCAGCCCAGAGCCCAGCAAUGAAGCUGCCAAGCCAAGAAAUACAGAGGACAGUAAUGCUGAGAGUGUGAAUUCUCAACCUGAAAAAACAGUUACAAAUCCCACAGAAAAAAAGGAGAGUGCGUCUCCUGAAAAUAACGAAGAAGGUGAAAAUCAUAACCAAGACAGUGAAAGUCCUGGAAAUACAAAUUGCCAUGAAGUUGUACUAGUACAGUGAAUCAUCAGAAAACCCAUAAGCCAGUUUAGGUUAGAGGAGAAAAUAACGACUAUCAUUUAUCCUAAAGAACAGAGACAAGGUCACAUUUCAAAUUUCAGCCAUCUGUUUGUGAUUUCUGUCAUAAGCAUUUUAUUGUUGUUUUCAUUUUGGAUAACAAUGAAUUAAAUAUCUAAUAAGGAGAUUUAAGACAAGACCCAAUAAAUAAAUGUAUUCUGUAAUGCUUUUAGGAUGUAAAUUUUCAAAUUCUGUGUAUACUAAUUGCUUUGAAAAUAUUUUCAGAAUAUCUAGAAAUUACCAUGUAGUAUUUUGUAUACAAAAUAUAUUCGAGAGUCUACGUGAAGAAAACCAAGAGGAUAAUUUCACUGGAUUGCCACACCUUUACCCAAUUUAUGGUUUAAUUUUUUUUUUUUGAGACAGUCUCACUCUGUCACCUAGGCUGGAGUGCAGUGGUGCUAUCUCGGCUCAUUGUAACCUCCACCUCCUGGGUUCAAGUGAUUUUCCUCCCUCAGCCUCCUGAGUAGCUGGGACUACAGGCACAUACCACCAUGCCUGGCUAAUUUUUGUAUUUUUAGUAGAGAUGGGGUUUCACAGUGUUGGUCAGGCUGGUCUUGAAAUUUUGGCCUUGUGAUCCACCUGACUUGGCCUCCCAAAGUGCUAGGAUUACAGGUGUGAGCCACCAUGCCUGGCCAAUUAUUAUUGUUAUUACUUUUAACAAAGAGAUUGAUCUUUUCAAAUGUAUUCAGAAACUAAUUUGGAUUCUUUGAUUCCAGCACCUCAACGUGUUUAUUUUGAUAUUCUGAUAAGUGAAAUAGAUGGCCUUGUGGAGCUCUGACCUCCCCAGCUCAUCUGUCAGUCCUGCUGUCCUCACCUCCUUGCCUCUUUCCAUGCUUACCCUUGAGCUACAAUCUUUGUCAGCUAGCAUUUGUGUUUCUAGUGUAAUUGGCCCUCCAUAUCAGAGGUUCAGCAUCUGUGGAUUCAUCCAACCAUAGAAUGAAAAUAUUUGGGGGAAAAAUUGAUGUUUACAUCUCUACUGCAUAUGUAGAGAUGUAACCAUCUUUUUUUGUCAUUAUUCCCUAAACAAUAUAGUAUAUUGUCUUUUUUUGUCAUUAUUCCAUAAACAAUACAGUAUAACAACUAUUGACAUUAUAUUGUAUAUAUUAGGUAUUUUAUAAUUAAUCUAGAAAUGAUUUAAAGUAAUUUACCUAAGGGACUUGAGCAUUCCUAGAUUUUGGUAACUGCAGAGGGUCCUGGAACCAACCCCCCCAUAGAUAUGAAGGGACAACUGUAUACCUUAAGAUGAUCUAUGUGGAAAUCUACAUGGAACAGAGUACCACUUUCUAAUUGUAUGACUUCAAGAUUUUGCUAUAAUAAAAUUUUCAGUAUAAACUGCUUAAAAACAAAUUUUGAUUGAAAAGUUCAAGAAAAAAACUGUAUUCUCUGGCCGUUCCAUAUAGAUUUGUUGGUUGAUUCUGAAUGUAAAUGACUGAAUAAUUAAAAAACAAGAAGUUAUUCAUUUCUAAAAGGCAUGCCUCUUGCACUGUGAACAAGACAGUCCCUUAAACCAUGAAUAUGUCAGUGUUCUAUGGAUAUAAAAUUAGUAAUGUUGCUUAGUCCAAAUGUGCUUUUGAGAAAGUAUGGUUUUGUGCAUCUCAAAGUUCUCAAACUUCAAAUGGAGAACAAAUUUAAAAGUCCAUAUAUGCAGCUCUAGUAAGCCCUUAAUAUGUUACAUAGCACUGGCUAAAAACAAUUUUGUUUUCUAUAUUAUUACUAUUACAAAUCAAAAAAACACUGUGAUAAGAACUUCAAAGCAUACAUAAAAAUAUAGUUAAAGCAAUGAAUAGAUGAAAGAUUUCUAUUUUAUUUCAUUUAGAAAACGAAAAAUUCCUUUCAACUUUUAAGAAAAGUUUAGGGAAUUUGUAAUAUGUCCUGCUUUCAUAUGACAUAUCAUUUUCUGUUGCUUCUAUUGAGCCACGUUUUCUGCAGUGGAUUUCUUAAAAAUAAUCACACUUAUAGCGUGCCUCUAGAAAUAUGGUUUUACUGCUUUGAAGUUUACAUGGAACAUACCAGUUGCUUAACUCUAAUUUUUAUAUGAAAAAAUAUAAUUUUUAUAUGAAUCUCAGCACUUUUGUUGUAUAUUGUAUUCCAAUUAGUAUGGAACACUGUCUCAUUUUUAAUUCCCAUAAUAUGCCAGUUUUGCUUUCUAGUGUUUUGUGAGUAUUAGGAUUUGGCAAUCUGCAUUUUCAUUUCAGUUUGUAUUUUACAUGCAAGAAAAACAUGGACCCUCUUAUAUGGUGCUCGUUGUAGCAGUGUCUCCAUAGAGCUCAGUAAAUAGUUUUACAAGGUUUAGAGGAUGAGAGAAGGAAGACUGUCAAAUUAGCCAAAUUGUAGAAACACAAAUAAUUUAAUUCAAAGUUAACUUACCGAUUUUGUAUACAGGAUAAAGUGUUCAGACCACUUUCUAAAUGCAUAAUACUAAAAGAUUGUGACCAGAUACUACAAUAUUAAUAAAGCUAGCAGAUAUUAAAACCAAUGAAUGUAAUCUGAAUGACUUAGAAAUUGUAGUAUGUUAGAGCCCUUAUGAGUAGAAAUGUUUCAUUUAGCAAUUUAACUUUUAGAAUAUUAUUCCCACUUAGGAUUUUGAUUAGAUUAGACCGUAAAUUUGAGAAUAUUUAGUCUCAAAGGGAAAACUUCCUGGCAUCCAUCUUAAAUAGUGGUGUUUUCCCACUAUGGUGUUUUUAAAUGCAUAUUCAUACGUAACUGUGUUUCUUAUAUUUCAUCUGUAAAUAAUUUAAUCAUUCAAUGGAGAACAAGGAUAUCAUUCCUUUUGCAGAUAAAAAUUGUCUAGAAAUUUUUUUCUAUUGAUAAUGCUUUGUAUAUUAGUUUUUAAAAUAAGAUCUAUAUACAUGUAUUUAUGUGUGUCAGAUAUGAAAGUUCUCUGGGUUUUGCUCCUAUGUUUUGUAUUUUUAAAAACUACCAUAUGCUUGCAGAAAUUUAUCAAGAAGCUGUUACAAAAAACGCAGUGAAGCAUGACCAAAUAGCUAGAAAUAUUACUGAAUCUUUACAAAUGUAUAGUCUUUAUUGUUGUACUGUGGAGUGCAAGGAUACUAAAUACUGGCUAUUGAUAAAAUACGAACUUGUAUUUCAUGGCAAAUAGAUGUUAUAUCGCUUGAUUAGUCUAGAACAUUUCUAAUAUUUUGUGCUUUCAUAUAUCAAAGGAGAUUAUGUGAAACUAUUUUGAGAUACUGUAAAAUUACAUGUAGUUAUAAGAUAUAUUUCUGUAAAGAGUUUAUAACAUGAGGAAUAUUAUACCAUUAUACAUUUUCAUACUCAAUCUCACAAGAAAUUCAAAAGAAUAAUGAUAAAGUAAACAUAUUUUCACCUCUGUCUAAAUCAAGUCUAGUUAUCAGCUCAAAAAUUAUGUUGUAUCGUUUUAUUUUGAAUUUAGGCUUUGGGACUACUUUUUUCCAGCUUCAAUGAGAAAAUAAGAUCUACAACUCAGGAGUUACUAGGGAAGUUCAAGUACUUUUCUGCCAAGUAUUAAAAAUAUAAACAUAUGAAAAUGCCAUAAUGCCUGUCAUAGUCAUUGCUUCCUAUUUUGUCAGAUAAAAUUACCUUGCUUCUAGAUUUUAUACUUUAAUCUGAGUGAAAGUAUGAUCUGGUGAAAAGGAAAAACAGUACAGUGUUACAUCUGAGUUACUCUGAAAAAUCACAGUAGUAAAUGAACCUCAACAAUGAGUGGUCAAAAACUGGUUUAACUAAUGGGGGGAUAGUAUUUGGUUAAUUAUUUUAAUAUUAAAUUUUCAAGUUAUAGAGUUAUGGUUGAGUAUUCAUCCAUACUGAGUAAUGAAACUUUUUAAAACUAUAAUUGGGACUCUUCUAAAGAUUUUCUAAUGUAAGAUACAAAGGAUAUUCUUGAUCUUGCUUGAUUGUAACGGUAUCUACAGGUUUUUAAUGUCUGUUUGGGGUGAGGGUGAUCCUCUGUUGUAGGAAUGUUUUUAAGAUUUCUAUUUUGUUUUCCACUUAAGAAAUUCCCCUCUCUCAUUUGGAGUAUAUGUGUUAAACAUAAGGUAGGUUGUAUUUAGACAUGCUAGAAUCAUUAAAUGUAGGUGAAGUUGUAGAGAAAAUGGCCUGGGUCAAUGUAGGAUCUAGAAAAUUAGGAGUGUAUAUUUGUUGUUUUUUUAAAAUUUUGUAUUAUUUAUUACAGGAACAGAUUUGUGUGGGUAAACAGUGAAUACUCCCCUGCUCCUUCUGCAUUCUAGUUAUCCAACCCACCCAGCAGACUGUGUUCAGAGACAGAAUGUUUUUAGAAAUUCCUAUUACUGAAAUUAAUAGUAUAGCUAUAAAUAUUAAUGUCUGGAGGUAUACAGAUGUGCCUUAAUGUAAAUGAUUUUCAUUCAGAAGUUUACAUUUUUACUCCAUUAUAAAAAUCUCAUCAUUGGGAACUUUCCAAACCAUGAAUAUCAGUUCUUUUGAUGGAAUUUGGAGACAUUGCUAUUUGGGACAAUAGCAUCAGUUCAUAAAGAAGUGUACUCACCAUAUUACAUUUAUUUAUGCCUUUUGUAGUUUAGCUACAUACCAUAAUUUUCAUUUUUAACAUUCCUUGUUACUGCAGGUAAUAUUUGUUUUGCUUCUUCUUAGAUGUAGAUAGAUACAGUAAUGGAAUUAUAUUAAAGAAAUUAUUAAAAAUUUAAUUCCAGUAGACAGUUGGAGAAAUCUGAAGCUAAUUUGAAAAACUUUUAUGUUGUCAUCUCAUUAGAAUCAUUUUAAAAGCAUUAUUCUUGCAUUUUUUGUAGGUUAGAGUGUUCUUUGUCAUUUUUUUUUUGUAUUCUUUUGUGAAGUUUGUUUCAAUUAUUUGAGGAAAAUAACUUUAAUCUGUUUAUUUUCCUGAAUUAAAGUUUUCACGUAGAGAAUACAAUUAGAUGUUUUGUGUUAUGACUCAAACUCUGGCUGGAAGUAGAGUUCAGAGAGGGAGAAGGGACAGGAAUCACUGUGGGCGUCUCAGGAAAGUGCUACCAGUGCUGGGCUCCACUUCUCCCUUGGCAUGAUGGGUCCUCAGAUCCUCCUCUGGAUAAUGAGGAUGAAAAGGUCUAACUUCUAGGGAGGAAGAACCAUCUUGGACUCCAUAAACAAUUUCGAUGGGUAUCAGUUCUCAUAAUAUCUGCUAUAAUUUAUUUUGUAGUUAUUUAGAAACUUGUAAGCAAUUGGGCACUAGUAAAUUAUAGUUAUAUUUCAAUGUUUCCCGAGAUCAUUAUUAAGCUAUGAGUUUUCACCCCUAUUUAUUUAAAAAAGGAAAGUUGUUCAUUUAUAGCUAUAUAUUAAUAUAAAAAUUUUUAUAAAUGAUUAAGAGAAAAAACAGUAAUGAUCACUUACUGUGCUAAAAUACCUUUUCUAAAAAUAACCUCUAGGGUUUUUCAGUUUUACUUUUUAAAGUAUAGUCUGUGUAACAGUUUACAUUAACUAGAGAAGUUAGAUAUAUAAUAAGCUUUAGUACUAAGACAUUUACGUUCUGCACUCAAAUGGACAUUUUUUUUCCAGUGCUAACAGAUUUUGUUUCAUGUGAAGAAAAAGAAAACACAAAUGAAAGUCUAGAAAAAGCAACAGAAAACUCACCACAGAAAUAAAGACAUAACCCUUGAUAAGUUUAUAUAAGUGCCAGAAUUAUUGGAAGCAGGUAACGAAUGAUUUAAAAAAAAGCUUUGUUGUGGGGCAUGCUUUAAGAAUCAGCUCUUUGUGCCAAGGAGAUCAGGUAUUUGUGUGCAAACAGAUCCCAUUAAUACUCUCAUGUGAGCCAUGAAUUCCGCUUAAUCUGCGUUGAAGCCUUCAAGUAGACUGAUAGAUGUAAUCAAGUAAUAAACUACCAAGUUUAAUUUCUUUGCCUGUGUGUAUGAACAGUUGGUAGUUUUACUAAUAAGUUAAACUGAUGGACUGGUUGCAGAUAAGAGAAAGACUCAGUGAUAGGUGGUUUGUGUGAGUAAAGUAACUCUUUCACUGUGUCAAGAGUUGAGAGCAUAUUAAUUGUGUGGCAUAAUUGUGAGAAACAAAUGGGAGCAAAAGGUUAGGUCCUUUGAUGAGCAUUUUCCUCCUGUUUUUAAAAAGGGCUUCAAAUUGUUUCCUAAGUAAGGUAAUCUUUCUUUAGUAUUAUCUAAGAAGAGGGACAGCAGACUGUCAUUUGGAAACUAUUGUGUCCCCUGUAUUUUAAAUAUUUCAGGAAAAUGGCUAAAUUGUUACAAACCUGUGAUUUACUUAUAACAAGCUCUGAUUCUCCAGUGGCCACUGGGCCUUCUCUGUGCUCUGUAUUCAAUUACAGUAUGAAUUACAGAAUGCUGUGCAUGUUUGUUAGUACCAAUACCAUGUGUAUGUGGUAGAAGUUGUAACCAGUUUCUGGAUCUGUAUGGUAUUAUACUUAUUUUAUAAUUCUGUAAUCGUAUGGCAGUGUUAUGCCAAAAAUGUAUAAAGAAUAGUUUGUUGCUUACUGCUGUAUUUUAAAAUAUUGUUUCUAAAAUAGAGUUCCUUUUGAGUAAUUAUUUUUAUUAACUAUUGCCAAAUAUAUAUCCUGUAAAACUAAUAAAAGUCACUACAUCUUAGGUAACAUUUUAGCAUUGUGCUAGAGUACAUUAUGGUGAUUUUGCACGAUUAAAAUAUUUUUAAAGAACCAGAAAAAA